AUGAGCGAGCUGAAGGACUGCCCGCUGCAGUUCCACGACUUCAAGUCGGUGGACCACGUGAAGGUGUGCCCCCGGUACACGGCCGUGCUGGCCCGCUCGGAGGACGACGGCAUCGGCAUCGAGGAGCUGGACACGCUGCAGCUGGAGCUGGAGACGCUGCUCUCCUCCGCCAGCCGCCGCCUCCGCGUCCUGGAGGCCGAGACCCAGAUCCUGACGGACUGGCAGGACAAGAAGGGCGACCGGCGGUUCCUGAAGCUGAGCAAGGACCACGAUGUGGGCACCUCUGUCAAGCACGGGAAGCCCAAGAAGCAGAAGCUGGAGGGCAAGGGGGGCCACGGGACCGGGCCUGGCCCCGGCCGGCCCAAGUCCAAGAACCUGCAGCCCAAGAUCCAGGAAUACGAGUUCCAGGAUGAUCCCAUUGACGUGCCCCGCAUUCCCAAAAAUGAUGCUCCGAACAGGUUCUGGGCGUCGGUGGAGCCGUACUGUGCCGACCUCACCAACGAGGAGGUCAGAGUCCUGGAGGAGCUGCUCAAGCCGCCGGAGGAUGAGGCUGAGCAUUACAAGAUCCCGCCCCUGGGGAAGCAUUACUCCCAGCGCUGGGCCCAGGAGGACCUGCUGGAGGAGCAGAAGGACGGAGCCCGGGCGGCGGCUGCCGCUGACAAGAAGAAAGGCGUCCUGGGGCCGCUGACCGAGCUGGACACCAAAGACGUCGAUGCCCUGCUGAAGAAGUCGGAGGCCCAGCACGAGCAGCCGGAGGACGGGUGUCCCUUCGGGCCCCUGACGCAGCGUCUCCUGCAGGCCCUCGUGGAGGAGAACAUCAUCUCCCCCGUCGAGGACUCCCCCAUUCCCGAGAUCGCUGGCAAGGACUCGGGAGCCGACGGCGCCGGCACGUCUCCCCGCAGCCAGAACAAGCCCUUCAGCGUCCCCCACACCAAGUCGCUGGAGGGGCGGAUCAAGGAGGAGCUGGUUGCCCAGGGCCUGCUGGAGUCGGAGGACCGGCCGGCCGAGGACUCGGAGGACGAGGUGCUGGCCGAGCUGCGCAAGAGGCAGGCCGAGCUGAAGGCCCUCAGCGCGCACAACCGUGCCAAGAAGCAGGAGCUGCUGCGGCUGGCCAAGGAGGAGCUGCACCGGCAGGAGCUGCGGCAGCGCGUCCGCAUGGCCGACAAUGAGGUGAUGGACGCCUUCCGCAAGAUCAUGGCCGCCCGGCAGAAGAAGCGCACGCCCACCAAGAAGGAGAAGGACCAGGCCUGGAAGACCCUGAAGGAGCGGGAGAGCAUCCUCAAGCUGCUGGACGGGUAG